AUGGGAGGAUCGAAAAGGGUAUCGAAGAAGAGGAAGAGAAGCAGCGAUGCUGAUAAUGCAAAAGAAGCUAUUUCAAACACAGCUACUUGUCCUACUCUAGUUGUUGAUGAUGGGGUAGUAUGUGAUAUCCUAAGCAGACUUCCUGCAAAGUCACUUAUGCGGUUCAAGUGUGUGUCGAAACAUUGGCUUUCCUUAAUCAAAGAUCCGUGUUUCAUUAAUUUGCAUUCUAGAACACCAAAAACAGCUGCACAUCUUCUUUUCCUCAUUCCGCCACCUCAAAGAAGACAGCCGAAAAAUAAGACUGCAGGCAUCAGUUACCAGGAAGUGUGUUUCAAGACGGCUGACUUAUUAUCUGAAGUUACUGGCAGAACAAUUUCGACCAUGCACACCACCUCUAAAUCGUUUGAGUGUCUUGAUUUUCUUGGACCUGUUAAUGGUUUGAUUUGUUUCACGAAGAAAUUCAAGGUUUCUGUGUGCAUAUUCAAUAUCAGCACCAGAGAGGUAAUGCCAUUGGUUAAAUCGACAUCUAGAGAUAAUGUUAUUGGUGGUGGUAAAAAUGAUUCUCUGAUUUAUGGUUUUGGAUUUGAUCCUGCCACUAAGCAUUACAAAUUUAUAUGCAACGGGAGAGUAUCUGCAAAGAAUGGUAAUCAAAUUAGUGUUGGCCACUUUUGGGAGGUCUUGACUUUAGGCACCAAUUCAUGGAAAAGGAUCGAGGACGUCCCGCCUUUACCUGACGGACUUACUCCGUCUUCUAUUUAUGUGAACGGCUCUAUUUAUUGGUUCCCUGACAAGUUUCAGAAAGGCAUUUGGAAUCAAGGUGUUACUGUGUGCAUAAUGGCAUUUGAUGUUGGAAGCGAGAAGUUCAGGAAGAUCCAAAUUCCUCAGUUCAUUGUUGUUCAGCCUAUAGAUUCUUAUCCACCUUUCCAGGCUUGUGUUCGUUUACAAGAAGUGAAAGGUUGUCUAGCUAUAUUGCGCAGAGUUAAGAUUCUGCUGUCAAGCUAUGGGUACAUGGAAUCAAUAACAGUGGGAUUGAUGAUGAGAGCUGGAACGAACAAAUUAUUACCUUACCUGGUUGUAUGUAUAAAAGUCUAUUUCCUGCUGCUUUCUUUUUUCAUUCUAUUACGGGAACAGAUCAAUUAA